AUGGAGGCAGCGAAGACGCCUUGUCAUACUGAUGGCGAUGGCUUUACAUUGAUAGACACCGACAGUCUACACCAGGUUUUGGACGACUAUGAAGAUGUGUAUAGCGGGCGUAUCGGUGACCCAGACACGUACCUGCAACGAGCUCUUCGCAAGCAAUACCCCGAGCUAAGUCUCACUGUGACCUUCACAAACAAUGUACCCCUCCUCAAAUUUGCGGCUGCCGGGUACGCUACGGCAGAACUUGAUAUCAAAGAUGAAGGCAUACAGAGGAUCAGACAUUACAUUCCCAGUCACGCUCGAGAAGGCCAAUCGGCAGCACUGGGCGAGUCUCGAAGCUUUGCAAAAUACAACUACAAAUGGGCUGAUGAGUACUUCGUCGUCUAUAUCGUUCAAAUCGGAUUCUAUACGUUCCAAUACAUCCUGAAAGAGCCUGGCGAUGGUGAAACCACUAUGUCUGUCAACACCGCCACGGAUCAACUCGUUCGAGUAGUUGGCGGAUGGAGCUUCCCAGAUGAUGACCAGUACAUAUACGUGUACGAUUCGUACUGGAGGGCCAGCAAGAACCUGUACAAUCAGGUUACCAAAGCGAAGUGGGAAGACGUGAUACUCAACGAAACAAUGAAGAAGGAUUUGACCAAUCUAAUGCACAAAUUCUUUGAUAGCGAAGACAUCUACAAAGACUUAGGAGUCGCUUGGAAACGAGGUGUCAUAUUCCAUGGUCCGGAUACGAUAGUGACCCCGAAUACUCGCUCGUACUUCUUUAAUGAGGUUGAUGGUCUUGAGAACAAUGAUGGGAUCUUCAUGGUGGCAAGCACAAAUCAUCUCGAUCAGCUCGACCCAGGAUUGUCUUCUCGACCUAGUCGAUUUGAUAGGAAGUACUUCUUCCCUCUCCCUGACCUACAUGAGCGGACCUUGUAUUGCGAAUAUUGGAGAAACAAAUUGGCAAGCAAACCCACAAUCAAGUAUCCAGAAAGGCUGUGUCCAGCCAUUGCCAAACUGACGGAAGGCUUUUCCUUUGCCUAUUUGAAGGAAGCAUUUGUCGCGACUCUGGUCGUGAUCGCCGGCAACAGGUCAGAAGAUGAUACAUCAGCCCAAGACAAGGGCGAAGACGAUGACGAUCUUGAAAAGUAUGAGCUGUGGCGAGAGAUCAGGAAGCAGAUCAAGCUGCUUAGAGGCGAAAUGGGAAAUGGGGACGCCUUACCAUCGUACACAAAAUCUCGCCGAGGAAGCCUCCCCUCCUCAGAAGCCUCUUCGAGCUACAAUGGCGGUAGGUUGAUUCGAAAUGGGGUCUCAAAGCAGACUUCAGACCCUCAGCAAUGCCAACUUCCAUUGCGUCGCGCUGGACAGUCGCCAGGACUUCCCUUCUUGAUUCACAGAGAAACCUCAGCUGUGGAUGAUCCAUUUGGCGCGAUGCAUGCUCAGAAGCAUCUACAAUGGCCUGCAGAGCCAGAUCAUGCUGCGCGACCAUUCUACAUGAAGCAAGAACAGGAAGAUCAGCAAGUGUAUAGGCCAAAAUAA